UGGCUCGGUUGUCAUGGCAACAGGAUUUUCCCCGACAAUAGAGGCAAUGGAGCAGGUGGUGUCGGCAAAGUCCUGUUACAUUAACCAAGUGUUCGCACCGGAAGGACAAACAGGCACAACAAGGCCCGCGGCGGGAAGUCUUGUGUCCGAUUGUGUCGUUACAGAGAAGUCAGCCAAUGCAUCAGCUGGCAUCUGCACUCUUACUUCCCCCCCCGCCUCAGUUCCUCACUUCUCUCCGCUCCUCUCGUACGUCUGCCUCUUUUUCCUCCCUUCCUCCCUUUCCUUCCUUCCUUUCCUCCCCGCUCCUCAUCCUCAAGCCACCAUGGUGAACAGAUAACCGCCCGGCCAUCCUGAGACCAUGGGUGCCUGCCUCUGCAAAGGUCACAAAGAGCUCCACCAUCCCAUGACAGUACUGCAGGACCAGACUGAGGAGGGUCAGCCGUCCUCUGCCAAGGAUGGCCAGAAUCCCUCCAACGGCAGUGUUGCAGAUAAAACCAACGACUAUGACAUCGGCGAGCUGGCCACCUCCUCUCUGAUGGGUCUGGUGGCCACGAUUAAGGAGCAUAUCACCAAGCCAACGGCGAUGGCCCAGGGGCGCGUUGCUCACCUGAUUGAGUGGAAGGGCUGGGGUGGAGGCGGCGAGGCCAGGGGAGGUUGGAACGGGACCCGGGGUAAGGGAGGCGGAGGCUGGGGGGGGAUAGGGGCCGAGCUGCAGGAGGACGAACAGUUCUACUCCCAAAUGACGGACGAGAUCAAAGAAGCUCGCUUCGCUGCAGGCGUAGCGGAGCAGUUUGCCCUGGCUGAGGCAGCCAUGAAUGUGUGGUCCAUGAACGACAGCUUCGAUCAGCCCUCCACCAGCUUACAAGCUGCACAAAGCCAAUUCUUGUCUCAGUUCCUGCUGGAUGGCGGAAGUGUCAGCGUGCCCCAGCACCUGUACAACAUCCACGCACAGACUUAUGGCACCAACAGAGUGGCCCUGGUCCCUCAGCCGAUGGUGGACUCCAUCUCAACGACGUCCAACGCUCAGCAGGACCGACGCCAUCACCUUGCGGAUGGAAGCACAGCGACUGCAGAGGCGGCUGUCCGUCACGUAGACAGCAGCUCGCUAUCAGAGGACGACGUUUUUUACAACUAGGCUUAACGGGAAAACUUAUCUUGAUGGCAAUCUUUGGAACGAGCCUCACUGAGAGGACUUGAGCCUCAACUACCAGCAAUGACUGAAACCAAAGGCAGACGUGUGUGAUGUCUUGAGAUGGCGCCUCUGAUGGCUUGUCUGGAAAGGUCUACGGUCUGCUCUUCGGAUACAAAGACUCCAAAUUGUAUUUUGUCCCUGGUUGAGGCAUAUAGUUUUGUGAAUGUACAGAGCUCCCCCCAUUACAUUUAUCUAUUUUUAUUCAGUGUAAAUGAAACUCUUUCAUAUCAUGUGUAGAACUGAACUGUGAAGAGUCAAAUGACACCAGUGUAAAUAUCUUGUUAUAAAACAUCAGUCUUAAUACACGUGCUGAAGAACUUUGUCCCGUUCUAUUUCUGACCCCGUCUUCUUUGACAUUAUGCAGUCGGCCUCGAAUAAGAAAACACCGUGAAGGAAAAUGAAAAGUGUGUCUUUGUUGAGAUUCCUAAUCUGAAUCCGGAGAGAAGAAGAAGAAGUCGGUUGCAAAGAACCAAUUAUCUGUCAGAGUCUCAUCCACGAUUCGCUUUUAUUCGCACUUUUCUUGUUGGAGCGACGGGUGC